GGAAAGGGGGCGGCGCCUCGCUGGCAGCAGGAGUUGUGUAAGGGGAGAGUGAGAGUGAGAGCAGCACAUUGAUGAGCUGAGAGUUCGUUGUGUAAGCAGGAUCUGCGGGGCACUGCAGAGGGGCUAACAAAAUGUUUGGCACUGUGGUGGUGGGGAUCGGAAUUGCUGGAUCUGUGCGGCUAAGAGACAUGCUGAAUCCGAUGCCUUCCAGCCCUUCUGAGCAUCUGAAGCUGGUUGGCUUUGUAUCCAGAAGAACGCUGGGUAGCAUUAACGAGGUCAAGCAGAUUGGCCUACAAGAUGCUCUGGGAAACAAAGAGAUCCAGGCGGCCAUCAUCAGCACUGACAACAAAAGCCAUGAGGAGAAUGUCAGGAUGUUCUUGGAGGCUGGGAAACAUGUCCUUGUCGAGUACCCCAUGGCACUGUCCGCUAGCACAGCACGUGAGCUCUGGGAGCUGGCUGAGCAGAAAGGUAAAAUCCUCCAUGUGGAGCACAUUGAACUUUUGACAGAAGAGUACAAGCAGCUGAAAAAGGAAGUGGCUGGGAAGGAGCUUGUGAAAGGAACAUUACAUUUCACAGGUGGUGCCUUGGAUGAAGAGCGAUCAGGCUUCCCAGCUUUCAGUGGAAUUGCCCGCCUGACUUGGCUCAUUGACCUCUUUGGAGACCUCACUGUCACCUCAGCCACUCGAGAGGAACAGAAAGAAGAGAGUUAUUCCAGAAUGACAGCACAUUUUCAGACUGCAAACAAGAAACCUCUGACAUGGAUUGAAGAAAGGGGACCAGGGAUGAGACGUGAUAAGAAAAUCAGCUUCUGUUUCAAAAGUGGUUGCCUGGAGAACCUCCCUGAGGCCCCGAGGUCUGCUGUGGGCCUCUUCAUGCAAGACCAGAACCUCUUUGCCAAAAAACUGUUCUGCCAGGUCUCCAGAGAAGAGCUGGCUGCUGAGAAGUGGCGCGUCCUGCGGUGCCUGGACCUCGCAGAGGAGAUUCGGCAGCACUGUGAACGGCCGGCGGAAAUCCAUUCCUAAGGCCCCUCUUUAUGAGAAAGGGACUGUGGUAGUCAGAGGCUGAGUAGAGCUGCAGCUUAGUGUUCCCAUAAAACAGCUUGUUGGCAGUUAACUUCUAUUUGGUUGGGUCUUACCAUUAAUAUCCGUGGGGCUUCGCUCAGAAGCUUGGGCCCCACAAGCGUUUUAGGCUGUAUGAGAUAUUUAACAUGGCAAACUGGAUGAUGCAUUGGGCUGUCCCCAGUGCAUGGCAUCUUUCCAGUCAAAUUUAAAGCUACCAGGAAAAGAGCAUUCAGACAUGUUGCUCCCACAGAAGUCAAUGGGAGAUUUUGUCAUUGACUUCAAGGGGAGCAGGCCCAAUGAGACUGCAGAAGUUACAAUUCGUUAAAUAUAAUUUUAGUUCCUUCUUCUUUUUAAUAUAUAUGAGAGCAGGGGAUUUAUAGCACUGUCUAGAAUGAGGCAUAGAGCUGCUCUACAAGCCUCUCUGUCUCCGAAGGCCUUAUAGCACCGCACGCCUGACCUGCAAAACUUCUCAUAUUCCAGUCCUGUCCCUUCCCUGAGAAGUUGCCCUGAAUGAUAUUUUGCAUAUUGGCUGUGGGCCAGAUUCUGAUAUUUUACACCAGUGUAAACCAAAUCCAUUACUUGCAAUGGUAUUUACACUGGUUUAAACACAAAAUAAAUUAGACUGGAAUCUGUCCUCUCACUGGGUAUUAUGCCAAGAUCACUAAACUGAUUUCUCUGCUGCCUUAUGGCAGGUUGGAACCCAGUUUUCCAGAGGCGAGAGGUUAGUAUAAUACAUUAACCCACUGCAUCACCUGCCCCUUUCCCAUAACCAGUCCUUGGUUCCUCUAUUUUUGAGCACAGUGGCACUGAACGCGUUCUGUUCUCACACUGAGGCAUGCUCGUAACCACUAUUAAUGUUCAUGAGAAUUCUGCAUGUGACUCAGUGUGAGAAUGGACCACUCUGAAUAAAUGAAAUGUAUUAAUUAAAUUAAUAGACACUAUAAAUAAUACAUUUAUAGAAACAGGGACAAUAUAGUCAUGCCAAUUAUAGCAUGGUGUUAGGAAAUAGAGCAUUUUUGCAAAUGACAACCAUGCAACUGUGACGUUAUUUUAUUUGUUGUUUUUCAGUAGUGCCCAGAGACUCCAUAGUGCUAGUUGCUGUACAAAUACAUGGAAAGAUUUGGUCCCUGCCCUAAAGACCUUGCAGUCGUGAAAAGCGCCAAGUCCUCAGCAUGCAUAGAGAAAAAACUGGAGCAAUACCUUUGUCUCCCUGUAUUAUAUUCUAAUUACAGUGCACAUCUGUUAUAAUAGCAAUACAACCCUCUUGAGAAUGUAUUGUUGUCUCCCAAAUAAUACUUCAUGGGAAGCCAGCAGCCCUUAUCCACAUUGGCACUGGAGGAGUAAACUCCAAAACCAGGUACACAUAUUAUAAAUUACAUACAAUAUAAUAAAUAUAAAAUAAUGGUCAAAUAAAACUUUAACGAAACUCCUCUAAACAGCAGGUAUGGUUCAGUUAGAGAUUGGGGAUGGGCAGGAUGAGGUAUGUUGGUUGGUUGGGUUUUUUUAAUCCAAAUCAGGUCAGCCAGACUUAAUUAGUAGUAUCUUUAUUUUGAGGUGCUUCUAAGUUGUGCCUGCAAAAUAUGGGCCUGAUCCAGUGCUCAUAAAAAUCACUGGAAAGUCUCCCUUUGACUUCAUUGGACUUUGGAUCAGGCCUUUAAUACAUGUGUGCACAAACUGGAAACCUGUGCCUGCAGAAUAUGCAUUGUGUAGCCAAGUGGAUACCUGAGUACCAAACAUGUAUUUUGCACAUGGACAUACUUUGCAGGAGCAAAUACAAUGCCGUCUUUGGGAGGAGGGAAAUUGUAUCCUCCCUAGUUUUAUGACACAAGGUGUGGAGUCCAUCCUGAUUAAAAAUAGAAUUAAAAUCUUCUGCUAUGGAUGUUCGGCAGUGCACAAACUAUUUCUGGUUUUGUGACAGGAAAAAACGCUGUAGAUGCUAGAGUUGAUGACUCAGUCCCUCCUUUCCUAAUCAGGUCACACGAAGUGCGUUUGAAGCGUUUUGCAGAUAAUCCUGAUGCUUUUAAAAAAAUACAUGCUGCAGGGGAGUGUCUUAGACAAUCUGGAAAAAAAAAACCUCAACAGGGAGGCAAAACACAUAGAAGAGAUCAAAAAAACUGUACUUAGCACUGAAGUAGAGUUUUUGUUUAAAAAAAUAACCACCCCACCCCACCCCAUGCUAAUACUUUGUAAUCUUUGAGUGAGUGAAAGCUUUAAGGUGGGAUUUUCAGUGUUGUCCUAUCUGUGCUCCCAUUGAAGUCAAUGGGAAUUUUACCAUUAAAAUUCAGUAAGACAAGAGAGAAACCAAUGCUGAGUAGUCUUGAAUGUUCUGCCCUUAACAAGCACUGUUAUAUCUUGCUUGUGAACUCAUUCUGUAGAAGCUCUUCCAGUUAUUACCGGCUUGUAGUGCCAGGUCAAUGUAUAUGAAACACUACCCUGCCUACCUUAACUGAAACUUCCCUUGCUAUGUUAUUGGUGUAGUUACACAUGUACACAGGGGCUAAGUCGGAAGCUACAUGCAUCUGAGUCAUUUUUGCAAAGGGAUGUGGAGGUGUUAAAAUGGAAUUCUUCAUGUUGCCCUCAAAGGGUGCUGCCUUAGAAAUGUGGGAUCUUGGUACAUUGACAGCCUUCACAUGUUCAUUUCUUGCUGUCACGUUUUUUUCCAUCUUCUUGAGAUGAAGGCAAAAGGCCUUUGAUUAAAGAAAAAUAUAAAUAACAUCAGUGUUUUUUAACAAGAAAACUUACCUAGUGUGAAGACUGAAGCUGACGGCCAAAAGGGACACUGUCAAUCUUAAAAUAUUUUUUUAAGUUGUUUGGUUUUGUUAUCUUGCUUUGCUAUUAGUAAUGCUGUGGAACAUUACAACUGAAAUCUGAUUUCUUGACUUGACUUGCAACUUAUUAUUUUUUUGCUAAUAUUUGUGAAAAUGGAGGCAGACUUGUGACCAUUCUGGAUUACGCAUGGCAGUCCAGUGACCUGCCCCUGCACUGCUCUGAGCACUCCCUUUGCUGUGCACUGCAGUGUCUGAUGCACUAGAGUUGCUUUGAUGUCUUCAGAGAUGUGAAUUUGCUGAUGUAUUGUGGUGGUUAUAUCUACAGGUGUUAAUGAAUGUGUUGCAUUCACGUUAAUAAAGCUGUUGGAGUUCA